ACAAAGAGCCGGCUUAUAAAAAAAGUGUGACUAGUGUGGCAUCGUAUACUAUGGCUAGUGGCGUUAGCUUUGGAUGCUUCACAAUUUACGUAACUGGUGUUUUCAUGCGGCAUAUGGUGGCGGUUGUAAUAGCAUAUUAUGUGGCAAAAGUUGCGGUGGCGCAUUGUGGCUGUGGUACACUGUGGCUAUUGGCUAUCAUUGCGGUGGCUAGUGAUAUUAUGAAAAUGGUGAUAUCUUUUACUGUGGCAUCGAUAUGGACUGUUGUACAGUGCUAUGUGGUGGCGUCUUGUCUUGCAGCAUGUUAUGUGGCAGUGUAUUAUGUCGUGGCAUUUAAUCUACAGUUCUCAGUGAAAAAAUAG